UUGAAAAUGGGUGAAGUGCCUUUCUUUAAUGAAGGAAACUGCUCAGGUUCCAUGAACUGCUCUGAAAAGAACUCUUCAUUACUGGUCUUUGGUGAGGUAUGCCAGGCUCAUCCUGUCAUGUUCUUCAUCAUGGCUAUCGCAUAUGGUGCAGUUGCUCUUCUUGCAGUCAUUGGCAACAUUGCCCUGAUUCUCAUUAUUGUGAAGCAGAAAGAGACGCACAAUGUCACAAACAUACUCAUUGCCAACCUCUCGGUCUCUGACUUGCUUAUGUCUGUCAUGUGCCUUCCCUUUACGCUUGUAUAUACCUUCAUGGACCACUGGAUUUUUGGACAAGUCAUGUGCAAGAUGAACAACAUGGUGCAGUGUGUUUCCGUCUCAGUUUCCAUCCUUUCACUGGUCCUAAUAGCAGUCGAACGGCACCAACUCAUCAUCAACCCUCGAGGCUGGAGACCAAACAAUAUGCAUGCCUAUAUUGGGAUUGCCAUCAUCUGGCUCAUGGCUAUCUGUAUAUCACUGCCUUUAAUGCUUUUCACCAAUGUGACAGAUGACCCUCUGAAGUUGUUACCACACUUUCAAGAACAGUAUAUUGGAAAGGUUGUAUGCAUCAGCAAUUGGCCUUCAGAAACAUUCAAGCUGACCUACACAACCUGUCUGCUAAUGAUACAGUAUGUAGGACCUCUUUGCUUCAUAUUCAUGUGCUACCUAAAGAUUUAUAUUCGUCUUAAAAGAAGAAAUGUCAUGAUGGACAAGAUAAGGGAGAAUAAGUGCAGGUCCACUGAGACCAAAAGAAUAAAUGUUAUGUUGAUUUCCAUAGUGGUGGCAUUUGCAGUGUGUUGGCUUCCUCUCAACGUCUUUAAUGUUGUGGCAGACUGGAAUCAUGAAAUCAUAAUGAACUGCAGCCACAACCCAGUCUUUUUGCUUUGUCUUUUGACAGCAAUGAUCUCCACCUGUGUAAAUCCCAUCUUUUAUGGUUUCCUCAAUAGGAACUUUCAGCGGGAUUUGCAUGCAGUUUUCCGCUUCUGCAAGUUCUCCUCUAGAGAAGAGGAUUAUGAGACAAUUGCCAUGUCAACCAUGCACACAGAUGUAUCUAAGACCUCUCUGAGACUGAGCAGUCCAGAAGUGUAAACAAUAAGCACAAAGAAAAUUUUGUGACAACAAAUACCAACUGUAUUUUAAUGUCUCCUGCAUGUAAGCAAGUAAUGAAAACUGAGCUGAAAUGGUUUUUUUUGUUUGUUUGUUUUUGUGACCUUUACAUAAAAGUGUAUUUGAAUGUGACAUGUUUAAUAAGAGCUGUUGUACUCUCUACUCAUUCUCCUUUGAAAAUCAGAGCACAGCUUAUCCAGAAGCCUACCUAAUCAUUGAGGAACGCACAGAGUACAGUUUACACAGAUGUUGAGUUAAAAAAUAUAGGAAUCUGUUCACAAAUAUUAUGGUACUGUAGGAAAAUGAAAACCAUAGGAGGAUUAGGUGGAUGGUGGUUUAAUGCUUGCCUUUCACUUAAAAAACCUUUGUAAAGUAGCUUAGUUCACAAGUGAUAUUGGUAAGAGAGCUCACCGCUGCUAAACUAUCAAACCCCACCCUAAUCAAGACCCCUCCUCUGCUCUUUAAUUAGUUUUUAGUGAUUUGUGGAUGAGUGUGGGUGGGUCAUGUCAGUAGUCCAGACCCGAUGAGAAACUGUCAUAAGCAAUGGUUGCUAAGGAAUAAAAUAAAUAAAUAAAUACAUUUAAACAUGUCUACUGGUGCCAAAAUUUAAUGUUGCCAUAGCGCCAACUUUGCACAUGUGAGAAGAAAAGCUUUUGCUGGAUUAUUUUUUUUUGUGUGCGCGUUUAACUUUACUAUAUAUGAAUCACAUCAGGCACAUAGUGUAAAGUAUGCUUUUUAAAAAAUGAAUGAGGAAUGUGGGCACCCAUUUAGGUAACAGCUACAUUUAUGUAAACAACAGUAGUUUCUUCAAAUGUGUUCCUGAAAGAAUUUAGUUAUUUAGUUACUUUAAGAAAUCUGCUUAGGUCAGUUAUGCAAAUAGAAGGUAAAAGUGGUCCACUGAGAGCUAUUCAGUUUACAUUGUUGUUCUUAUUAUUGCAAAAGUAAG